GAACAUGAGAGGAAUUCACACGAAUGUUUUACAAUAUUUUGCCCCAGAUUUUGAAAGCGAGAAGUAAUACUUACCACAGAGAGAGAGAUAAUGACGGCAAUCAACGCACCACGCGACAGAUACAAUGCUGUGUGGAUCAUAUUCUUCAUCCUCGGACUGGGAACUCUACUGCCAUGGAACUUCUUCAUGACCGCCACCAUGUACUUCACCAGCCGGCUGAAGGAUCCACCCAUACCACCCAAUGGAACAGCCAAUGAGACAAUAGCACAUGAGCAACGCAAUGUUCUUGAGUCCAAAUUCAACAACGUGAUGACUCUAUGUGCUAUGGUCCCUCUUCUCAUCUUUACGUGUCUCAACUCCUUCAUUCAUCAGAGCAUUCCUCAGAAGUUGAGGAUUUCUGGUUGUCUCGGCGUCAUUUUUGUAGUGUUCCUGUUGACGGCCAUUCUGGUGAAAGUACAAAUGGAGCCCCUUCCGUUCUUUGUCGUAACAAUGAUCAAAAUUGUCUGCAUCAACUCGUUUGGGGCAGUUCUGCAGGGUAGUCUCUUUGGCCUGGCGGGCCUGCUCCCAGCCUCCUACACUACUCCCAUCAUGAGUGGACAAGGUCUUGCAGGAACAUUUGCUGCUUUUGCCAUGAUCUGUGCCAUUGCAAGUGGCUCUAGUCUACAGGACAGUGCCUUUGGCUACUUCAUCACGGCCUGUGUGGUUAUUCUGCUUGCCAUCGUGUCUUACCUUGCCUUGCCCAAACUGGAGUUUUUCCAGUAUUACUCAGACUGCAGGGGUUCCAGACCUGCCAGCGAUGAGGAGAACAAGAUGGACCUGUUGAAGAAAGAAACCUCCGGAGAGAAGAGACCAGUUGUUUCCCUGACAGAUGAGGAGCCCAGAUCAACUGUCUCUGUCUUUGCCAUUUUUAAACAGAUCUGGGUAAUGGCACUCUCUGUGUGUUUCGUUUUCACCAUCACCAUUGGCGUAUUCCCGUCAGUGACUGUGGAUGUCAAAUCUUCUGUUGCUAAUGGAGGUGCCUGGGAAGUGUAUUUCAUUCCCGUGUCUUGUUUCCUACUCUUCAACGUGAUGGACUGGGCUGGACGGAGCUUAACUGCUGUUUGUAUGUGGCCUGGUAAAGACAGCAUCGUGUUGCCCAUCCUGGUUAUUGCACGUGUGGUGUUUGUGCCACUCUUCAUUCUGUGUAAUGUCCAGCCCAGGAACUACAUACCUGUUGUGUUUUCUCAUGACGCCCUGUACAUCAUUUUCAUGAUCCUCUUCUCCUUCAGUAACGGAUAUCUUGCCAGUCUCUGUAUGUGCUUUGGCCCCAAGAAAGUGUCCCAGCAGGAGGCUGAGACUGCUGGAGCAAUCAUGGCUUUCUUUCUGUCUCUGGGCCUGGCUCUCGGAGCUGCUCUGUCCUUCGGCUUCCGGGCCAUGAUCUAGAACCGGAUCCAUAUCGGAUAUCCACUGUAGCACUCCUGCAGAGUAGUAAGAAGGGGUGAUGAGAACUCUCUCUGUCUGGGGUUGCUAAAUACAAGAGUAUAUACGUUUGGAUGCAGCUACAGAGAUUGACAGCUCAGUCUGCUUCACUCUCACGUCUUCUGUUAACGUCUCUUCCCUUUUGUUCUAGUGCCUCUCACGCUAACUUUCCUCACUGUUUACAUUGUUGUUAUAUAUCCUUUUUGAACCUAGUCAUGAAGUUACUGGAAUGAACUUUACUUUUCGGGAGUGCUAAGCGUAUCCCUUUUUGUUCAUUAUUGAUGUGCUUUAGAGCCAUUGAGCUAACUUGAGCCAAAAUCUUGAUUGACUCUCCUUUUUCUCUGUGUUGUAUUGAAGGAAUGUGUAGUACCAGCACAGUUUG